CGACGUCGUUUCCUUUUAGAAGUCAUAACUCACAAGCCACCACUCCGCCUCCGCCCAAAACGCCCAAAAUCAUGCAAAGUGCUCGCAAAACGACGCCGUUCCGGUCGAUUUUCGACGCCGGAGCUCUGAAAUCAGAGCUGGAAAACUCCGGGAUCAAGCCCAGCUUCAUGCCCUACAUAUGGAAGCAGGUGAUCCAAAACCCCUCCGCCCAACUCGACCAAAUCCCCUCCUUGCCCUCCGCCGCAUACCCCCUUCUGAACUCCAAAUUCAAAACCCUAACCUCCUCCGUCCACUCCGCCACCGACUCCUCCGACCACCUCACCACCAAGCUCCUCAUCAAGCUCCAGAACGGCGCUCUGGUGGAGGCCGUGAUCAUGAGGUACGAUAGCAGCUUGGGGAAGCACAAUGGCAAGUCCCACCACGGCGGCGCAAGGUCCACAUUGUGCGUGUCGUCUCAGGUUGGUUGUAAAAUGGGUUGCACGUUCUGUGCCACUGGGAGCAUGGGGUUUAAGAGCAAUUUGACCUCUGGGGAGAUUGUGGAGCAGUUGGUUCAUGCUUCUCGCAUUUCGCCUAUACGCAAUGUUGUUUUCAUGGGAAUGGGGGAACCGUUGAAUAACUAUAAUGCCUUAGUUGAAGCGAUUCGUGUCAUGACUGGAUUACCAUUUCAGCUGUCGCCAAAGAGAAUCACAGUGUCAACGGUUGGUAUUAUUCAUGCUAUCAACAAAUUCCAUAAUGAUCUCCCUGGACUGAAUUUAGCAGUUUCACUGCAUGCACCUGUCCAAGAAAUUCGUUGUCAGAUAAUGCCUGCAGCUCGGGCCUUUCCCUUAGUAAAACUUAUGGAUUCACUGCAACAAUAUCAAAAGAACAGUCAGCAGAAAAUUUUCAUUGAAUACAUAAUGCUUGACGGAGUGAACGAUGAAGAAGAACAUGCGCACCAGCUUGGGAAAUUGCUAGAUACAUUUCAAGUGGUAAUUAAUUUAAUACCUUUUAACCCAAUUGGUAGUCUGAGCAAAUUCAAAACCACUGCCGAAGAAAAAGUAUCUGUUUUUCAGAAGAUUCUAAGAGGUACGUAUGGCAUCCGAACAACCGUUCGCAAGGAAAUGGGUCAGGACAUAAGUGGAGCGUGUGGUCAGUUGGUGGUGAACCUACCCAAUAAGAGGUCAAGUGACAACGCAGUUCCUCUAACUGAUAUAGAAGAUCUUCAGGUCAGAUAGAUCUCUAAGGGAUAAUGCCGGUCAAAGUAAUUAGCACUGCUCUGCAGACCAUGAUCACUCCAACCUGUAACUUGGGAACUUUGUAAUUUAUUCUAUCAUUUUUGUUGGCCGCAGAAGUAACAUCUCUGUUGUAAUAUUAGUGGUUUGAAAUCUUCAUUGGGUUUUCCAUUUUCCCCUUCAAGCUCAGAGAACUCUGGAUCUUUAAUUUGUAGUAACAAAACUAAUUUUGAUUUUGCAAAUUUCUAGAAAUUCACUCACACUGAACCUCAUAAAUUCUAGAAAAAAUGUUUUUCAA